UGGAAAAGCAUGGGAGCCUCUACUUCCUGAACCUGUCAAGCUGGUUUUGUUUUCUUCCAGAGCACAGGUCUUCAUAUGUAAAUAGACUGGUAGCCAACAGUUCAUUUACCAGUUGGUUCUCUUUGACAUAGGAUGUAUAGAAGCCUACAAGUACAUUACAGAGAUUUACAUCACACAGUAUUAAUGGGAUUAGCCAUCAACUAAGUGCCAAGUGACUUUAAAACCUAAAAGAAUCUGCAGAUUGAAACCAGUAUUAAUUAGCAAGCACAGUAAACAUUGGGAAAGUAGCAAAGCUGGCUGCUUUUCCUAGCAUCAGCUGUAAAGUUAAAAAACUAAAAGGCUCUCAGAAGCCAAAGAGUGCCAUGUUUUAAGAAACUUUGCUUAAUAACUGCUAUAGUCAACUUCUUCCUUAGGGUAUAUUGUUCUUUGAACUAUUAACCGGCGAUAUGAUGAGAUCAUCCUCAUCAUGACAUGACCAAGACAUGAAAAGAGUAUUUUCCUAUACAUGCAGUCAAAGGUCUUAGAUUUUUUUUUUCCUUAGGUUUUAAAAAAUUUGGGGAUUAGGGAGAUGGCUCAGGAGCAAGUGUGAGGAUCAGAAUUGGGACCCUAAAAAGCAAAUGUUGGGUAGAUAUGGCAGUCCACCAGGAAUUCCAGGCCCUGAAGGCAAAGAUGAGGGAUCCCAGGAAGAAGCUGGCUCUUUAUACUGGCCAUGUUGGCAAACUCAGAGAUUAGUGGAGAAACCCCGCCUCAAUGAGUAAGGUACAGAGCACAGGAAGAAGACUCUUCAAAUCAACCUUGGGCCUCAACAUGCGUGUGCACACAGGUGGUUGCUGUAUACGGAACUUUGUCUGAUUUGCUCUCAGUAGCCAGCAGUAAACUCGGCAUAAAAGCCACCAGUGUAUAUAAUGGGAAAGGCGGACUGAUUGAUGAUAUUGCUUUGAUCAGGGAUGAUGAUGUGUUGUUUGUGUGUGAAGGAGAACCAUUUAUUGAUCCUCAGACAGAUGCCAGACCGCCUGGAGGGUUGCUAGGAUCUCACACAGACUGGCUUACAUUGAAUGUAGGAGGUCGAUACUUUACAACAACAAGGAGCACUUUAGUGAAUAAAGAGCCUGACAGUAUGCUGGCGCACAUGUUCAAGGACAAAGGUGUCUGGGGAAAUAAGCAAGAUCAUAGAGGAGCUUUCUUAAUUGACCGAAGUCCUGAGUACUUUGAACCUAUUUUGAACUAUUUACGUCAUGGACAGCUCAUUGUAAAUGAUGGCAUUAACUUAUUGGGUGUUCUAGAAGAAGCCAGGUUUUUUGGUAUUGACUCACUGAUUGAACACCUAGAAGUGGCCAUAAAGAAUUCCCAACCACCAGAGGAUCAUUCACCAAUAUCCCGAAAGGAAUUUGUUCGAUUUCUGCUGGCCACUCCAACCAAGUCAGAGCUGCGCUGCCAGGGUUUAAACUUCAGUGGUGCUGAUCUUUCCCGUUUGGACCUUCGAUACAUUAACUUCAAAAUGGCCAAUUUAAGCCGCUGCAACCUCGCACAUGCAAAUCUCUGCUGUGCUAAUCUUGAACGAGCUGAUCUUUCUGGAUCAGUGCUCGACUGUGCAAAUCUCCAGGGAGUCAAGAUGCUCUGCUCAAACGCAGAAGGUGCAUCCCUGAGGCUCUGUAAUUUUGAGGAUCCUUCAGGUCUUAAAGCCAACUUAGAGGGUGCUAAUCUGAAAGGUGUGGACAUGGAAGGAAGCCAGAUGACAGGGAUUAACCUCAGAGUUGCUACCUUAAAAAAUGCGAAACUGAAGAACUGUAAUCUCAGAGGAGCAACUCUGGCAGGAACGGAUUUAGAAAACUGUGAUUUGUCGGGGUGUGACCUCCAGGAAGCCAACUUGAGAGGCUCCAACGUGAAGGGUGCCAUAUUUGAAGAGAUGCUGACACCAUUACAUAUGUCUCAGAGUGUCAGAUGAGAGUGGCAAGAGCUGGAGGAAGAUGUCCCAGAUGAAAACGUUUCCUUAUUUUAUUUCUCCCAUCUAUCAAGUUGUCUAGUGGAGAGAAAACUGUAAGGGAAUUUAAGGCAUAUGUUUGUUCCCAGAGGUGCAUAAGGGGAAGUAAUUGCAUUUCCCUCAUUGUGACUGUAACAGAAGAACACUCUGUUCAUAGAUGUAGGGAAAGUAGACCAUGCUGCUGCAUUUUGAGUGGAGUUGGGGCGUUUGUCUGGUUUCUGACCAGGAGUAGUAGCUAUUCUAUUUGCUUUUAUUUAGGCAUUGUAUGGAAGAACCAUCUUGGUUUAAGAUGCAUUGAGAAUUUUAAUUUAUGAAAAGCACAACAUAUGCAAAUAUAUUUAUUGAAUACCUAGAUGCAGUAAGGAUGUUUAAGUUGCUAAACGUCUUGAAGACUCUGACGAGUUGUUCGGGUUUAUAAAUAGCUUUAGUAAUGCCUUCCUCUUCAAACACCUAUCCAUCCUGUGAGGGUGAUUAGUUUAAGACUCCCUUGGCUCUUUUGAAAUUCAUUUCUGUAAUGUUUACUUUUAAAGAAGAAAACAGCAAACUUUGAGUCAUAGUCUGUUCUCACAUUUUGAGACACAGUUGGAGGAAAGCUCGUGUGUAUCAUUCUGCAGGAGAAGGAAGGAUUCCCAGUCGCUGCAGUGGUCUAGUGAGCACACGUCAGCUUCACUAUAGGCAAAUUCCAUUGUGCAGCAGACUAGGCUACCCUAUCCUGUCACUAGUUAGUUCUCAUGCUCAGUUGUCACAAGCAUAGGAAGAUACUUCAGAACCAAACACAGCUUUAUCCUGACCACAGUUUGUGUAUGCCAGUUAGUUUAUACAGAACCAGCUUAGAAUAGAUAUUCAACAAAUCUACUGCAUUUGGAGCUAGACAGUAUGGAUAAAUCCUGCAGUCACCUACAAGAAAGCAACAUCAGAUAACUAUAGCUAAAACCCUGUGGUGGGGACUAAGAAAUUCUGAACUGAUGGCUUGAUUAUAGCCACCAAAACAGCUGAUGAACACACAUUAAGUGUUUGGCCAGCACAUGCUGUACUGUGUCAGUACCUGUGGCUCUUUUUUUUUUUUUUUUUUUUUUA